CGCAAACCGCUAAAGCAUCCGCUCACGACUCUACUUACUCGAAUCUCCAGUAAGUAUCUUUCUGUUCAGAGAAGGCCGCUCCUCCAAGGGCUUUGUCACUGCAAUGCGACUUCCGCCAAUGCCUUAGUAGGCGCUUCGCAGAGGGUUCGGUUCCCUCCAGCUUGCACCAAUGAAAGCUUUCCCAGAGCUCCACCACCGCGUCCGCUGGCUGGAGUAACCCUAUUCUUGUCCAUCAAGUCGGUUUAGCAGGUGCAUUCAAUGGCUCUGCAUCCAGAGAUUGGCGGUGCAGAUGCUUUGCUCAGGGGACAAUCGAGCCGCUUCGCUCGGCAUCGAGUAGAUGGGCUGAGCAAGCAAAGCAGUGGUGGCUGGCGAUGGAGGGGUCUGUACGGAGGCCCUUUGGAGCGUCAGAGAUUGGCGCAUCGUUUUAUCGCUGGAGCGGAACAGUAGGCUGACUGCUCAGCCUUUCUGUACCCGCCUGGCAGGAUAUUCAUCUCAAAGGUCGCCCAAAAU